CGUCUAUACCACGAGGCUUCAGCACACUUUCAGACAAUCGACAUCCAUGGGCGACUAGAUGAAGGCGAAGUGCCUGUCGAUAUUGACCCCGAGGACGCACUUGUUUCAAUCCCACCCGAGGUGGGUGAGAGCCUUGGUGUAGCCUGUGCGCUGCAGCAAGCGCUUGUGGCAAGCUCAGAUAUCCAACCAUUAGUGUACCGCCACGCCACCCGGUCUUUCACUCCACUCUCAACUCCGUUACCACGCUUGACCAUUGCCGAAAGCCUUCCUCCCCAGACGAAUGGGACAACCAGCCCGGCCACGCUGUAUUUGUUUGGCUUUUCGCAUUCAUUCACUUUAAAUGGAACA